AUGUCAGACCAACAAUCCAUCCAAAAGCAGAAUGCAAAAGUGAUUCAGGUAUUCCAGAACUUUUUUACAAAAACUCUGCUGAUUAUCGUUCUGGCAAGAUCUGCUUCAGAUUCGCCGUCCUCAACGGCCGAUAACACCCGCUCCUUCAAGAUCAAUAAAUGGUUCAAUCUUAACAUUGCCACACCAACAGAUGAGUGGCUUCGAUCAGAAAUAAAGCUCUGGAAGUCUCAAGCUGAAGCGUCCUUACUACCUCCAAUGAUAAUCGAGACAUAUUUGGAUUUGAGACAAUUGAACGCCAGGGAAAUCGUAAUGCUCGAGGAUGAACACGGCAAAUUGUGGACAGUAGCAGAAGGGAAAUCGAAGAAACAGGAAGUAGUCAUUGAAAGAUGGCUUAUCGAGUUUGACCAGCUAGAUGUUUUGGAUUCAGGUUUGGACGAGCUUCCCCUAAUAUACAAGCAAGCUAUCGUUCUUCUUCGGGUGGUGUUCACCAUCACCCGAUUGUUACCGGCAUUUAAAUUGAAAAAGAUUGUGUCGAAGGUGUCAUCAAAGAACUUAGCUCUUUGUAACCGGCUAAUUGACGGUAAGCAGCCUAUUAGCUCCAAAGGCAGAAUAGGAUUGUCUCGAUCAAUUAUCCCUUCCCAACAUUUGAGCGGCUCGCAUAUGACACAGAAAUCAUUUUCCCCAAUACGUACAACGCUUGGAAGCUUACGUGUAUCUGUUGCUUAUCGUAACCACUUCAAUUUCAAAGUUGUUGACCAUGAAGAGAGAUUGUCUGAUCAAUUUUUGCUUACAGAUAAAGAGAAGGCGGACGAAGCAGAAAAACUACAGAACGCAAACUCACAAGGGAUGGUUUCACGAACCAAUUCUAUCAGCUAUUCUGACAACGAGACGACAAAUCACAUUGGGGCUGCACGGAUCGAUCGCCGCCAUGAGGAUUAUCUCCACAGAACAGAAGAUGAAGAGAAGUUUUCUGUUUCUCCGUGUACAUCCAUCCAACAAGAUGCCAACCAAAGGCCCAAAAUAGGCAUUACAGGUACUGGUGCUGUGCGUCCUAGUAUACAGCCGUUCAAAGUUGGUUCCAUCAGUACAUCUCCUCCCCCUUCGGGACUAUCUGGGACACCUACAAGUUAUGCGUCGGGAUCUAUUGAGCGGCGAAUAUCGAUAACGAGUCACAGGUCUGGCUCUAAUGCAUCUCUUGCUGCACUAUUGAGGAACCCGAAGGGUAGCUUGUCUUCGUCCAAUACACCAACAACGAUCGCCAUCUCGAACUCGCAGAACAAUUCAAAUGCAAUGCUGUUUCCAAGAUCCAUUUCUUCGUCACAUGGCUCACACCUUCAAAGCGAUGAACACUAUGGAGAAAAUGUGUCGAGCACUCCUAGAUUUUCAUCGUCUUUUGGGUCUCGUCAAAGCCGGCGGUUUAGUGGUGCUAGUGGACGAAAUAAUGAUACCAAUGCAUCAUUGCUAGGCACUAGUAUGGAACUGGGUUCCUCGGGUGCGCUUUUAAGCGGAUUGUAUAUUGACGACGAUAUCAGUUCGUUUGUACGGAUGAUUGAUGGCAAGUCCACGUUGAAACUUACUAACAGUAAUACGGACUCAAAAACUGUUCCUCACUCAAGCGAUAGCAACUCUCAUUUGGAGGCGUUGAGCCGUUUCCAGCUUUUGAAGAGCCAGCACCAACAACUCGGUGACAGUGUUAGUGCCAGUUUGAUUCUUCAUCGCAACCGGAGCGGAUCUCGAGAAAGUCACGGAGUCAGUGGUAGCAGCAAGGCUGCAAGUCACAAGUCUUCCCAUUCAAGUUCCCCACAACCUUCAUUUCUGCCCAAUUCCUAUGACAAUGGCCCGUUGCCGUCUAUUUCUUCUCGGCUACAUACUAGUGGGAUAGACAGCCGCGUAGGUAGUGCCAGCCCGAGAUCGUUGAUGGGACUGAAGGGAAGCUACACAUCUCCUAAUCUUUCAUAUUUCAAGCCUUCUACUAAUAAACUUGCGGCAUCUCCUCUGACUGCAACCACUAUAGCGCAUGCGACCCACCAUCCAGGGACAGUGCACAAGGAAGGCAUCAAGGGUCUUGCCACUUCUCCGUCAAUCUACUCGGAGGCCAAGCAUCCCAUAAGAUAUGAGGAUGUAUUCGAAGAUGACGAAGACGCGGGUGGAUUUUAUCAUUCGCCGGAAGGAGGUAAAAGGCAUUCACAGGGCCGAGACAACGACAUGAGCUAUGAUAACGACAAUGACGACUUGCUUUUCGAAAUGACCGAUACCAAGUGA